AUGGAUGAUAAAGAAACAUGUAGAUCAUGGAACGAUAUUGAUUCCAAUGAAGAAAUUGUUAUUUCUGGUAUUGCUGGUAGAUUUCCUUAUUCAGAUAAUAUGAAUGAAUUAAAAGAAAAGUUAUUCAAUAAAAUUGACCUUGUAAGGGCAGAUCAUAACCGAUGGCAAACAGAGCAUAUAGAUGUUCCACGCCGUAUGGGAACAAUUAAUAAUAUAGAAAAAUUCGAUGCGGAUUUUUUUGAAGUUUCUUUUGAGCAAGCAAAUAUACUUUCACCUGAAGUAAGAAUGUUAUUGGAACAUUCUUAUGAAGCAAUUAUCGAUGCGGGAAUCAAUCCAAAGCAAUUACAAGGAAAAAAUACUGCCGUAAUUAUAGGAACAUCAUAUAAUGAAACACAAACAAAUUUCCUUUAUAAGAAUCUUAAGAUAGACGGUGAAAACAAUUUUAUAUAUCAUAAAUCUGGAUUGGCAAAUAUAAUUUCGUACUAUUUGGAUUUGAAAGGACCAUCUUAUGUGGUCGAUACAGCAUGCAGUUCUAGCCUUCAUGCUCUAAGCAUUGGUUAUAAAUAUAUCAUGUCAGGCAAAUGCGAAGACGCAAUAAUUGGAGCAGCAAAUUUGUGUCUUCAUUCCACAAUAAACCUGCACUUCGCUCGACUUGGUAUUUUAUCACCCACUGGUUAUUGCAGACCAUUUGAUAACAUUGCUAAUGGUUAUUCGCGUAGCGAAACAAUUGCAGUAAUAUAUCUUCAAAAAGCAAAAAAUGCUAAGAGGAUUUAUGCCAUAUGUCCGCAUAUUAAAUUAAAUAGCGAUGGAUACAAACCAGAAGGAAUAACAUAUCCUUCAUUACAAAUGCAUUAUAUCUUACUAAAGGAAUUUUACGAAGAAUGCAAAAUAUCAACAUCUUGUUUGGAUUAUAUUGAAGCACAUGCUACUGGUACCAAAGCUGGUGAUCCACAGGAAGUUACUGCUAUCUAUAACAGUUUGUGUAAAAAUAGAGAAACUCCAUUAAUGAUCGGCUCCGUGAAAUCUAAUCUCGGGCAUUCUGAGCCUGCAAGUGGUUUUAAUCAGAUCGCUAAGGUAAUAAUAGGAUUCGAAACUGGUUUUGUUCCACCAAAUAUCAAUUAUACAUCGCCAAGGAAAGAUAUAGAUGCCUUAUUAAAUGGAAGCAUUCAUGUCAUCCAAGAACAAAUGCCACACACAAAUGGUUAUGUAGGAAUCAAUUGUUACGGUUUUGGAGGAUCGAACGCUCAUAUGUUAUUGAAGUGGAAUCCCAAACAGAAAAUUAAUAAUGGAGCAUCAAAUGAUGACUUACCUAGACUUGUCAUAUUAUCUGGACGUACUGAAGAAUCUGUGAAGUUAUUUUUAAAUGACGUUGCUAACCAUUCAAUAGAUGUAGAAUAUAUUCGUCUGUUACACGAUAUUCAUGCAGAUAAUAUAAAGGGUCAUCCAUGGAGAGGGUAUAUAAUAUUGAAUUCUUUUCAACAAGAUUCAAUAAAAGAAAUUCAAAAUUAUGAAGGCAUGAACAGACCUGUCUGGUUUAUAUUUUCAGCUUUAGGUUCGCACUGGCCAGGAAUGGGCCAAAACUUAUUAAAGUUCCAUGUCUUUGCUAAAGCGAUAAGAAAGUGCGAUGAUAUUUUAAAGCCGUAUAAUAUAAGUGUCAUAGACAUUAUGACAAAAAUGGAUGAAAGCAUAUACGAAAAUAGAUUGAACGUUUUUCUCGGAAUCGUUGCUAUUCAGAUUGGCUUAGUAGAUCUCCUAACAUCUUUAGGAAUUACUCCUGAUUACAUGAUUAGUCACUCUGCCAGUGAACUUGGUUGUGCAUACGCAGAUAAGUGCCUCACUAUUGAACAAACUAUUUUAACAGCAUACUUUAUUGGUUUGGCAUGUGCCGAUAAAAAAAUAAUUCAUAGCUCGAUGGUGGUUGUCAAUACUAAUUACGAGCAUCUUAAAAAUAUAUGUCCAGCGAAUAUUGAAAUAAUAUGUUACAAUAAUGAGAACAGCAGUGUCGUAUGUGGACCAAAGGAAUCCAUAGAAGGAUUUAUGAAAAAAUUACAGAUCAACAAUAUUUACGUGAAGAAGAUCAACUGCAACAUACCGUUUCACAGUUCUUACAUCGCAUCCGUAGAAAGUCAGCUUCUGCUUAAUUUAAACAAAAUAAUACCAUAUCCAAAAAAACGGAGUUCAAAGUGGAUCAGCACUUCUGUACCUCACUCCAAAUGGUUUACUGCAACAUCAAAGUUAUCAUCGGCACACUAUCAUACUCAAAGUAUAUUAAACACAGUUCUCUUUUCACAAACAAUGGAACUAAUUCCAAAUAAUGCUGUGGUCAUCGAAAUCGCACCAGACGAUGUUCUACACUACGUUUUGACAGACUUUUUACCUGUAAACGUGACAAACUUAGUAUUGACACGACAAACCGAAAAAAAUAUUAAUACAAUUUUACAAGGAAUUGGAAAGCUUUACAAUUGCGGUUUACAGCCACAAAUUGCCAAUUUGUACCCAUCAGUUGAAUUUCCAGUUAGUCGAGGAACUCCUAUGAUUUCUCCAUCAAUCAGAUGGGAUCAUUCUGCAAAUUGGUUUAUAACGAAAGAAAAUGUAACUUCUAUAAAAUCAAGAGGGAGAUCCAUCAACAUUCGACUCGACAAUGAAGAAUAUGAAUAUAUGACCGGUCAUGUAGUUGAUGGGAAAAUUUUGCUACCUGCGACAAGUUAUUUGGGACUCGUUUGGAAAACUAUUAGCUUGAUGAAAGGGACAAUAUUCACAGCGAUACCAAUAGUUUUCCGAGAUGUAAAAUUUAUUCGUGCUACUAAUUUGUUGAAAAAGGAUGUUGUGGAACUAUACAUUGCAAUACAGACAGAUGGAAAGUUUGAAAUAACUGAAGGAGACAGCAUUGUCGUAACAGGUACAGUAUAUGAGACAUUGAAUCCAGAACAAGAAAUGGUUCCGACAGAUCUAUUAUCAGCAAAUAGUGAAGAUGAAAAUAUGACUGCACGAGAUAUCUACAAAGAGUUGAAAUUGCGUGGAUAUCAAUACAAGGGCUUUUUUCGUGGAUUAAAGAGUGCCUCUAUUUCGGGAACCCAAGGACAUGUCAUUUGGAAAAAUAAUUGGGAAUCUUUUAUGGAUACUAUGUUACAAUUGAUAAUUAUCAGAUAUGACACUAGGGAAUUGCAUGUUCCUACGAGUAUCCAAAAAUUAGUGAUCAAUCCAAAGCUUCAUGCUUCGAAGCUACAGGAAAGCGUAAAUAAUGCAGAAAUUACAACAGACAUGGAAGAACUAUUACAGGUACAAGUAUAUAAAGAGAUAGACGUGAUAAAAGCUGGUGGAAUAGAGAUUCGAGGUCUAAAAGCUACUCAGAUCUCUCGCCGGAAAUUAGCCCAAGAUGCUGUAAUCGAGGAACAUACAUUUGUAGCUCAUUGUGAUCGCGCUAAGGUUUCCUUGAACGAAGCAAUUCGGUUAUCGGCUCAACUCGUAUUGGAAGAUCAUCAAAUUAUCAAAGUGGAAGCCGUUGAACUAGUGGAAGAUGUCGAUGAUGUUGAAUUAGAACAUCUCUCGUCUUUGUUGCUACUUGAGGCAUUUGGUGAUUUGCCACUGAUACAAAUGAAUGUCACUCUGUUAACAUCAUCAAAUCGUUUCAAGCCAGAAAAUUUACCGCAAAACUUCUCAAUCAAAAAUUUUGAAAAAUCAUCUGUGAAAGACAAAGUUUUAAUUGCUGCUGGAUUCAAUCUUUUGACCAAACUCGCAUCUUUAGAACAACUGUUGCCAUUUUUGAGAGAUGGUGGUUAUCUGUUGACUCGUGAGAAGUGCGACUUAACUGAUUAUAAAAAACAUUUGCAACAAUACGAAUUAAAUAUUAUACUUGAAAAACGCAUUGAUAAAGAGCUAGUUGUGCUUCUGAAAAAAAAAGUUUUAAUAAGAGAAAGAACUGUUGUUUACAUAAGUAAUGAUAACUUUAAUUGGCUAGAGAAUCUAAAGUCACUUUUGAAUGACGAAAACAAUCUUGAUGACAAGAAUAAUAGAAUUAUAAUUGUGGGAGAGAAAAAUUUUGAGUGCGGUUUAUUGGGUUUUAUUAAUUGCUUGAGAAAAGAGCCAGGCGGAGAAUAUGUUAGAGGUGUUCUCAUUCAAGAUGAGAAAGCUCCUAAAUUUUCUCUUCAAGAUCCCUUCUACUUAGAGCAAUUGCAGAAAGAUAUGACUAUUAAUGUAUUGCGAUCUGAUAAAACCUGGGGAUCGUACAGACAUUUAAAAUUACCACAACCGGAACCGAAACUUGUACAAACCGCCUAUGUCUGCCAAACGGUUCGAGGAAACUUAAGUACAUUCUGUUGGAUAGAAAAUAAUUUAUCUAUUGUGUCUCGUCAUGAGGAUUUAGUGCACGUUGUUUACUCAUCUUUGAAUUUUAAAGAUGUAAUGUUCGCCACUGGUAAAGUGACAUUUCCAAAUACGCUUUUAAAAGGACGAUUAUUUCAGUAUGAUUCUUUUGGAAUGGAAUUCGUAGGUUUCGAUGCUAACGGACAACGUAUAAUGGGAAUUCGUGAAACUGAUUGCAUAGCAAACGUCAUUAUGAAGGAUGAAAGUCUUUGUUGGAAGAUACCCGAUGCAUGGACAUUUGAAGAGGCAGUAACGAUCCCGAUAGUUUACAGCACGGUUUAUUUCGCCUUUUACAUUUUUGGAAAAAUAAAAAAAGGUAAUAAAGUACUUAUACAUUCUGGUACUGGAGGCAUUGGACAAGCAGCUAUUCAUCUCGCUCUUAAAGAAGGAUGCGAAGUAUUUACUACCGUAGGCACGAGUGAUAAACGGGAUUUUAUUAGAAAAGUAUUUCCGACUAUUUUGGAUGAUCAUAUUGGAAAUUCUCGAGAUACAAGUUUUGAACAAAUGAUAAUGCAGCAGACGAAAGGUCGCGGAGUCGACAUUGUGUUAAAUUCAUUGGCGGAAGAAAAAUUAAUCGCGUCUGUUCGAUGUUUAGCUCAAAAUGGUCGAUUCUUAGAAAUUGGAAAAUUUGAUCUUGUAUCUAAUAAUUCCCUGAAUAUAUCUGAGUUUAAUAAAGGCAUUAGCUUUCAUGGAGUUAUGCUGGAUUCUAUGUUUGUUAAUAAUCUCAAAUAUAAGUCUCUAAUGUUCAAAAUGAUAAGCGAUGGUUUAAAAAAUGGAACAAUCAAACCAAUUCAAGCAAACAUUUUUCCAAAAACUGAUAUUGAAGAAGCUUUCAGGUUUAUGGCCAGUGGGAAACACAUAGGAAAGAUAAUUAUAAAUAUUCAUGAGAAGAAUGAACCUUUAGAUAAGCACAUUCUCGCAUAUCGUCGCUAUUAUUGUCUCAAAGAUAGGAGUUACAUAAUACUAGGAGGUCUGGGCGGAUUUGGUUUAGAAUUAACAGACUGGCUUAUAUUUCGUGGUGCCAAAAACAUCGUUCUGGUUUCAAGAACUGGAAUAAAAAACGGUUAUCAACGCAUGAAAGUUCGACUAUGGAAAUCAUAUGGCGUAAACGUUCUAAUCAUCAAGAAUAUCGAUGUUGCUGAUCUCAAAGGUUGCGAAUAUCUUUUAAGGACUGCAGAAAAAGAAGCUCCGGUGGACGCUAUAUUCAAUCUGGGUGUGGUACUGAGGGAUGGCAUCUUCAAAAACCAAACUGCAGAAACAUUUGCAGAGUCCUUCCAAUCGAAGGCUCGUGCAACGCAAAUGCUGGAUAAACUUUCGAGGAAAAUCUGUCUUAACUUGCGGCAUUUUGUGGUAUUCUCUUCCGUUUCCUGCGGCAGAGGAAAUGCUGGGCAAACUAAUUAUGGCAUGGCUAACUCCAUCAUGGAAAGAAUUUGCGAGAAGAGAGCAGAGGAAGGAUUACCAGGAUUGGCGAUUCAGUGGGGAGCUGUGGGUGACGUAGGUCUUGUCGCUGACAUGCAGGAGGAGGAUAAGGAAUUAGUCAUCGGAGGCACUCUACAGCAAAAGAUUUCCUACUGUCUCGACAAGCUUGAUGAGUUUCUACUUCAAAGUCGACCCAUUGUGAGCAGCAUGGUUGUAGCUGAAAAAAAAAUGAAAGCUCAAAGAAGUCUGGUAGAAACAGUUGCUGAUAUUUUAAACAUAAGUAACAUGAAGUUUGUAAGUCCAAAUUCAACUCUGGCCGAACUUGGAAUGGACUCUAUGAUGACUGUAGAAAUCAAGCAAAUUCUGGAACAAGAAUUUGAUAUACUUAUCGCACCACAAGAGAUGCGAAAUCUCACUUUUGCAACACUUAUUAAGAUGUCUCUUUCAAUCAAUGAUAAUAAUGAAAAGAAAGAAUGGAACAAAAAGAAGCCAAACUUUAAACAAUUAUUUAUUGGUCUUAUAUUAAAAGAUGAAGAGUUUGUUUUCCCAAUUGAAUUUUUGGCUAACGAACAGAACACUACGACUGAAGUACUUCUUAUUUCGGGUAUUGACGGAUGUGGUACUGUAUUUAAAAACAUAAUACCAUAUAUUAAAUUUUCAACAUCAGUUUUGCAUUAUUACACAAACGAUAUAAAUUAUACAAACAUAAUAAUGGAGACUGCUAAUCGUUUCACAAAUCACAUACUUUCGAAGCUAACGAAUGGAAAAGAUUUUAUAAUAGUAGGGUAUUCCUUCGGAUCUUUUAUUGCAAUUGAAGUAACAAGAAAAUUAGAAGAUAUGAAUUUUAAGGGCCAACUUGUCUUUAUCGAUGGUACUCCUGAGCUUUUACAAACAAGCUUUCUCCAACAAACUAAAGAAUCAGAUUUUGCAGAUGAUGCACAUUUUCAGGUUUACUUAUUAAUUAAUAUUCUGGAAAACUAUUUACCAGGAAGUUCUCAAAAGAUUUUAAUGGAAUUGGAGAAAUGUGAGAGUUGGGAUAAAAGAUUUAAUAUUUUCGCUAAACGAUUCUCAGAGAUAUGUACAUAUUUUUCACUUUCAAAUUUAAAGAUAUUAUGUACUACGCUGUACAAACAUUUAUCCAUUAUCCGAAAUUAUGAUCUUUCUACUUUGCUGCCUAUUAAGUCUCCCAUAACAUUAAUAAAAUGUACAUCUUCGUUUAUACCAAUGAAGAUCGAAAAGGAUUAUGAUUUGCACAAGAUAACUCAAGGUGAAGUAAAAGUACAUUAUAUUGAAGAUAAUCAUAUGACAAUCCUGAAAAAUAAAAAAGUGGCGGCUAUAAUUAACGGAGAAUUUACAAUUUGAUGUUUUAAUUUUUAAGUCAUUUUAAUCAAUAUUUGAUAAAUAGAUUGCAAUUAGCACAAAAGAUGUUACAAAUAUCUUCUAUCAGCUCAAAUUAUAAUAAAAAAAGUGAAAUUUGGGUUAUUCUUAUAGAUCAGCUAAUAUAAAUUUAAAUUCAUAUUUGUGAUAUUUCGUAUACUUCAGAUUUCGCAAAUUUUGAUAAGGCAUACAUAUCAUCAUACGCUAUACUGUUAUUUAAUUCAUUAAAUUGCAUGCAGACUAAUAAGUUUGCGUUCUGAAACUGCACUCAAAUAUCACAUGUUCUUUAUUAUUCACUUUAUAUUGAACAAGGAAGGAAGCUUACAA